GAGUUAAAUUCAGAAGAAGGCUACACAUGACAGAGGGAGAAGCAAAAUUCUAUUUUCUGAGGAAAGGUUUUUUCUGUGAUUUUAAAAACUUCCAGAGAUGAGGCGAAACUCCACCAGUCUCCAUGGAGCCGUUCAGUCCCCAAUAAAUCAGCUACGGUUGGUGUUGGUGGGCAGAACAGGUUCAGGUAAAAGUGCCACUGGAAACACCAUCUUGGGUAAAAAAUGCUUCACAUCUCAACUGAGCAUGGACUCGGUGACAAACCAAUGCCAGAAGGAAUCUGGAGUGGUUCAGGGGCGGAGCCUGGUGCUGAUUGACACUCCUGGCUGGUUUGACACCUCCCUCCAGCAAAGUGAGGUAACAGAAGAAGUGCCAAGAUAUCUGACCAUGUGUUCACCUGGACCACAUGCAUUUCUGCUCAUCAUACCAAUCGCUCGCUUCACAGAGGAGCAGCAGAAGACUUUAGAUAUGAUUGAGGCAGUUUUCGAGAAGAACAUCAGUGACCACACGAUCAUCAUAUUUACCCAUGAAGAUGAGCUGAAAGGAAAGUCAAUUGAGCAGUUUAUAUCCGAACAAGGCCAAAGAAUCCAGGAUGUCAUUAAACGAUUUGGUAGCCGUUUCUUGGCUUUCAACAACAAGAACCCGGAGAACCGGGACCAGGUGGAAUGGCUCCUGAAGAAGCUGGAUGAGAUGCUGGAACACAACAACUAUGGUCACUUCACCAACCAGAAAACAAAGGUUAUAGAGAAAGCACUGGCAAUAUUGGAACAGAAAAUGCAAGAAAAACUAAAUGCAUCAAUUCAGAAGGCCAAGCAGGAAGUAAAACAGAUGGCUGAAUGUCGCAAGGCUGAGAUCAUGAAAGCCUUGGAGAUAGAGAAGCAGGAGAUAGAAAGACGCAGGAGUCAAAUCCAGGGUGAAAUCGGCCAUUUAACAGCAGAAAUUGACAAAAAACAUGAAAAACCUUCUGGAGAGCAGCAGUUGCUGCAGGAAUCUCUAAAGAUUGCAGAAAACAGGCUCAGAGAGCUGGAGAAAGAGAUGGAAUUAAAGAUAAAAGAAAGUGAAAAAAAGAAAGGGGAUGUAGAAAAAUGGAGCAAGGAAGAAGAGCAGAGAAGAGAACAAGAAGAGAGAGAAAAAGCUUCAAAUGAAGAUGAAAGCAGAUGGUAUUACAAUGAAAAAUAUUUCACUAUUCUGAAGUACCUCGUAAUUUUUUUGGGAGGCGCUGGAGUUGGAUUAGCAUUGGGACGUGCACUUUUUUCCACCACUGCAGCACCUGUGGGACUGGCAGCAGAGUUACCUGCACUGCUCGAACCAGAGCGUGCAGCUACCACGUUAGAAGCACCUACAAAAAUAACUAUUUGAAUGCGUGCAACAGCAAAGGUAGCUCCACUGGUGAAUGACCGUUGUUCCAUUCAGUAACACAGAAGUCAAAGCAGGUAUCUGUCUGAUCAUGUAAGUUUGGAAAAUUCAGUAAUGUUGCCGUCCUCCAGUCCAGGAGUGUAAAACAGGCACAGAAAAUAAAUCUAAAAUAUUCUCAGUAACUACUGCCUUGUGAAGCAAAACCAAAUUGCAAGAUAUUAACAAAGCUUUAUCUGUGUUUUGACUCGAGAGCAAAAUAGACCAAUAAAUUGAUCAGUAAUUUUCCAAUAACAAGCUACCAAUUUUACAUAUCAUCAUAUCAGAGUCCAUUUCCUCAUUAAAUCCACAUAUUCGUCCAAUAUAACCCCAAUUAAAUCCAUUCCAGUUUGUAACACUAUAAAAUGUGGAAAAGUUCAAGGGGGUGAAUAUUUAUGCAAGACACUGCAUGGUAAAACCGCAAUUUGGAUGUGAAUAUGGUAAUAGUAAUGAAUUGUUCAUUUGUAUGUCAGUGAAAUAUAUUCAAUCUGGCUGAUUUGACAUUGGAUUAAGUGUAUUGUGGCCUGUUACCCCUGAGUUUCACACCGCUGCUCUAAUCUGUGUGAUGGAAUCAGAUCGUAUCAGAUGCUUGUUGUGUGCAGGAAAAAUAAAUGUUAUUGAUCUUAUUGAAUAUAUUGACUGAUAGCAAUAAAAUUAAGAGAAAUUUUAAAAACAACUUUUUUAAAGACGUUUCAGCAUAUUUCAUACCGUCUUCAGUUUUAUAAGGAACGACUAGUCUUGCAUCACAUGACAAUAUAUACACCAUGAACCAAUCAACCAACUACAACACACAUUAAAAAAUUAAGAUAACGCAUAGGAUUCCUCAGGAAACUGAAGAUGGCAUAGGAUAUGCCGAAACAUGUCUUUAAAAAGCUGUUUUGUGUUUUUUAAAUUUUAUUACAAUCAUAAUCUCUUUUAUUAUUCAUUUUUGCAUCUACUAAUCAUAGUCGGUGUAGGGUUUGCAUUCUUUGCCAUCUAAUACAAAGCAAUUCUGUCUUUGGGCUUUUCAAUGAUGCAAUAAUUUCAAAACAUUUUACUGCAGACAGAAAAAUCAAUAUAGUAAGUAGAACUGUAAUUCUAAAUAUUUCUAUGUUAAUACACAUUCCUAGUAUGUACACAUUCCAUUAAUCAGAUUUAUAAGUUUGCA